AUGCGUCACGGCUAUGUGAGCGGCAUCAGCGGUCGUCGCGUCAACCCCGACGACGGUGCCGUGGAGUACAGCGUGCAGUGGUCGGGGGAGGACGGCGUCUGCGACACGUGGGAACCCCGUUGCAACCUCCCUGCGAGUUGCGCCGGGCCGGUCAGCGAGGUUGACGCACGCGAAGAGACAGAGGCGCUGCACCGCAUUGCGUCGUGGGCAAAACGAGAUGGAACGUUUGAAGACGCGUCAGACGCAACUCCUCCCGCGCCCGAUUUGACACCGCCGCUGCACGGCAUUGUUGUGCACAGCAGCAGCAGCAGCAGCAACAACAACAACAACGGCGCCGGGGAUGAGGGGAGGAGUUUGAUGUCACUUGUCGCCCUCGGGGAGCGUGUCCUGGCAGAUGCCACAUCGCAUGGACUGAACCCGACGAAAAAGAAAAGGCUGCAGGGCCAAAAUGAACAUGAUCCCUCGUGCGGCCCUGCACUUCUUUUGGAGAAAUGCUGGCGGGAACAGCACGCGGUGAGCUUCAUGCAUACAUGUGCCAUUUCAACAUGUCGCACGCCAGCACCGCAGGAGUUUGAGUUGGGCACAUGCAGCGAUAAGUGUCGGGACGCGUCAAGCAUAGAGAUUUAUGGCAUUGCACCCGCUGCACUCGUAAGAAGCGGCCAAGUAUAUGACAAUGCCAAAAAUUGCGAUCCACUUGCCGGUCAUGCAGAGGCGGAAACCCUUUCUGGUCAAUUUAACCUUAAAAGCAUGCCCGCACAUACAACACAGUCAUCUGUGCGAGGAAAGCAAGAACAACUUGUCGUGCGGUACUUUAUUAUGGAGAACAAUGGGGAAAAUGAUCAGACGUUGCUUACUAUGCCGUUGUGUGUCUUCCGUCGAUACUACCCGCAGUUGCUGUUGGACUUCCUGCUGCGUCAUGCGCUCGUCAUGGAGUCUUCUUAA